UUGAACUUAAACCCUGAAAGGCUGAAACCCUAACCAACCUAGCGACUGCAAUCACUGAUAGACGUCGAUGGCAUGCAACGGCGGCGGCGGCUGUCAAUCUGGUUGCUACAAAGAUGAAGAAACGACAUGCGACCAACCUACUGCGUCUUCAGAGACUGAUUCUAGAAGCUCCAGCAAUCUCUGCCUCAAGUGCAAGCUAAACGACGUCGUUUCGGGUUACGGCGGAAUCGACGAUGGUCGUUUCUGCGCCGAUUGCUUCCGCAGCAACUUGUUCGGGAAGUUUCGACUUGCUGUCACAUCAAACGCUAUGAUCUCUCCCACCGAUAAGGUCCUUGUUGCCUUCUCCGGUGGUCCUUCUUCCAGGGUAGCUUUGCAAUUUGUGCAUGAUAUGCAAGAGAGGGCUCAUAAGAACUUUGAAGCUAGUAGAGAUAGGUCAUUACCUGUGUUUGGUGUUGGAGUUGUGUUUAUUGAUGAGAGUGUUGUUUUUCCGAUUCCUUCUCAUGAAAUGGAAGAGGCAGUUGAAGCUAUUAGUUUGAUUGUGUCGAGUUUAGCCCCGCCAAGUAAGGAGUUUCAUUUUGUUCCGAUUGAGACUGUUUACUCGUCGGAUUCUGAUGAUGGAAAGGAGAGGUUAAUUGAGCUGAUGAAUGUAGUGAGUGAUCCCACUGGUAGGGAGGAUUUGUUACUUUCUCUGCGAAUGUUGGCCUUGCAAAAGGUGGCUUCUGAAUUUGGGUAUAACAGGAUUGUUCUAGGCUCGUGCGUUUCAAGGAUUGCUGCUCAUGUCAUUUCAGCCACUGUGAAGGGGCAAGGAUAUUCAUUACCUGCUGAUAUCCAGUAUGUUGAUGCUAGAUGGGAAAUUCCAGUUGUGCUUCCUCUGCGUGAUUGUUUUGUUCAAGAGAUCAACAUGUUUUGCCGUCUCGACAGUCUAAAGACUAUUAAACUGUCUACCAGUCCAAGUUCUACCAUUAAUAGCUUGGUGUCAUCUUUUGUGGCUUUAUUGCAGGAAGAGAACCCAUCUCGAGAGAGCACAAUUGUAAGAACAGCUGGGAAACUUAUCCCCUUUCAAUUCAAUAGGAUUCCAGAGAUUGUUGAUGGUAAUGUUCCAUUGGCAACUCGAAGACGGCAAAAGAGAUACAAUCUCAAAUCCAAUGAAUCUGUUUCCUCAGAAUCUUUUUGUCCUCUCUGCAAUAGCCCACUUGACAAAAGUGAGAUUGUUGAUUGGAGCAAUCACAAAAAUUGCAGAAGUAGUGACACUUUUUAUACUUCUUGCUGUUCAAGUUGUCAAUUUCAGAUACUUCCACCUGAUUCCACAUCAAUGGAGAAAUUUUAUAUGGAUUUACCGCAUAAAGUGGUUGCCCGGUCAAAUCAGGUCAACAAUGGUAAAUUGAAUGCACUGAGGGAACAGAUACAAGAUUGCUUGCUUUCCGAUGGUGAAGAUGAAACUUAAGUUUAUUUUCCUACAUAAAUCAAGGCUGUGGUAAAUUUACAGUUUGAGUGACUUACCAGACGGCCUCACUUUUGGCCUCUUGCUAGUUAUGGAUCUUGACUUGAGUGUUGAUUCCCUAUGGUAACAUUUGUGAGAAUAUUUUAGGAAGUAUAAUGUUUAUUAUUAUUUUUUUGUG